AUGGCUCACCCAGCGACUUCUGCCAUCACCAUGGCUUUUGCUUCUCCAUCUUACUCUGGCGGCAUGGCCAAACACUCGACCGUCAGCAACUUGUCCGCCGCUGUUGCCAAACACGGUAUCGGAAUGCCACUUACACCACCUAACUCCGUAUCUCCGGGCUUGCCUGCGCAGGCUGCCGCUGGUCUACGCUCGCCGCCUCCGAUUCGUAUCGACGGUGAGAGCGGCUCCCGUCCGUCUCUUCCUCUUAGCAAGGGCGCGCUCUCGGGAUUGGAUGCUUCGCAGUCCAUCACCGCAUCCAUGCUCGCAAAGGAUCACUUGCCAGGCAUCAUGCUCGGACAUGGUCCUGUCGCCAUCAGACACGUCAUGGCUUGCUUGACGCAGUCAGUCCCUGGUUUCUCGCGUAUACCACCAGCCAAGGCUCGCAGGCUGGUCGUAGCAGCCUUGGAAAACCGAGCAGGUGGUGGUGCCGACGGCAGCGUUGUGUUUGAAAAGGUGGGAUGGGGCAGAUGGGAUGCAUACACCAAGGGUGAACGCCCUGAUCUGAGCUCAAGCUACCGGGAUGGAAAGUUGUCUCCGCCACCUAGCGAGCCCGAGAGUUGUGCUGCUUCGUACACUGAAUCCGGUUUCCCUGGCUCGUACAAGCCUCGCGACAACCAGCAGCUUAACAGUUGGGCAGAGUCUUCUAUGGCCUCCCACUACGAUGAUCAUCUGGACAACAUGAGCAUGGAAGAGAAUGAGGCAGACAAAAUGUCACUCGACGGCUCCUCUUCCGCCAUGUCUGAGGACGAUUCCGGAAUGUCAGACAGCGAAGGUGAUGAAACUGAGGAAGAGGACUGGGCUGCAAUGGGAGCGGACGCUCUACGCAAAGCUUCUAUCUCGACAGCGGCAUCUCCUGGAGCCAGAAAGAACUACAACCUCAUCAGCAUUUCUGGCUCUCUGCAUGACGCACGAACGCCAUCUGUAUAUGGAAGCGCUGGUGGCGCUAGGUCGUCCUUCCUCACAAGAUCGACCCCUCAAUUCGCAAGAAGGCCAUCAGCAAUGAGCCAUGCCCAACACAGGAGCAGUGUCAGCCAGAGACCACCCAGCCAUGGCACCACACCAAUGGAGAUCGACCAUACUAUCCAGGAAAGAGAAGCUAUUGAGGCUCUCCUGCGUAUGGGUUCGGUGUAA